AUGAACGGCGCGCAUAUUCCAGAGGCUGUCGCUGCUGCGACUUCCCCGCCAUCGAAUGGGGUGGCCCUUGUUGCAGCCUCGGCAGUUGUAGAGGACUGCAUCGAAGCGGCAUCGACUGCAGUGGCUGUCGCAGCACCGUGUGAGGCUGCACGUCAAGCAGUCACAUCGGCAGACGCGCCAGCAAAUGCCGUCGCAGCACCCGCAAGCGGUCCUUGGAAGUGCAGUGUCUGCCUUGUCUCGAACGAGGCCACAUGCGAUGUCUGCCCUUGCUGUGAAACUGGAAGAGACGGAUCGAGACAAGUGCCGAAGGCAUCCCCUGCCCUCUCGUCGGGCAGCGGUGGGAGCAGUGUGUUUUUGGAGGGGCUUUUUGAGGGGGAGACGAAGAAUGGCAUUCCUCGGAAGAGUGCUGGAUUUACACCGGUGCUUGAUUCGGCAGCCACGGCAGCAUGUGUAUUCUCGCUUCAGUCGCGACAGCACCAGCAAAAAGAAGAGGAGGAAGAGAAGCAGCGACGGCAACAGCAGAAGAAACAGCAGGAAGAAGAAGCGGCUACGCGGCUGGAAAUCCCCGUGUUGUCUGCAGCCCAGCCUCUCAGCGCAGUGUACAUGAUGGGAUCGGGGGAGCUCGAGCAGAUCCCCUUCUUCACCCCUGAGGAAGAGGGGGGGGGCGAAGUAAUGCAGCCUCGCUUGAUUCCACUGCAAGCACAGAUGCAAGUGGUGGGCGCUGCUAGCGGUGCUCUUCACACGGUGCUGCUGCUGGCCAGUGGUGCAUGCUGCUCCUUCGGAUGCAACGAUGAAGGAGCGCUUGGGAGGCUCUGCAAAGACACUCCAGCAAACGAACCAGGGCUGGUGGAACUGCCGGAUGCGGCUGUCUCGGUGGCAUGUGGCGAUUCGCAUUCGGCCUUUGUGACUGCGCAAGGAAGGUUGCUGCUGUGUGGCUCUUAUCGCGCCUGUGGGGAGGAUCACACUGUCGCUCUGGAGAGAGGGGGGGAGGCUAUAUGGCUAUGGGGUAGCAAUGACUUUGGUCAGCUUGCUGUUGGCUCGGCCGGAGCUUCUGCCUCCGCUGCAGCAGCUGCCGUGUUAGACGCUAACAGUGGAGCGGCUGCUGCAGCGGCGAAAGCUGCUGAAGUAGCGGCAUCCGACGCUGCGCAGGAGGAGAAACAGCGUCUCCUAGAGCCCACCAGGCGACCGCUUGAGAGCCUCGGCCUCUCUGACGAAAUGCAAGCGAUUACUGCAGUGUACUGCGGCCGUUGCACAACGUUCAUUGCUGCGUCGCCAAAGGCAGCAGCGGGAGCGACUCCAGAAGCGAGCGAGACGUUUCUCUUUGCCUGUGGUCGUAACACGCAGGGAGAGCUUGGUCUGUGGCUUUCGGAGCAGCAAGCUCCUCCGGGGGAGCAGGCUGUGGUGUGACGGGGCUCAACGGCAUGCGUGCCUUCUGGCAAUCCGCGGCUGCUGCCGCUCUGCGAUGGAGAACUGGGUAUUCGUUUUCGGUGGAUCGGGUGCGGCAGCGAUCACGCCCUUGCCGUCUCGCGCUCGGGGUGUCUGUACACCUGGGGAGCCGGGCAGAACUACCAGCUAGGAACAGGCGACGAUCCGGUGCUUCUCCCUUCGCCUGCUCGAAUUGAUCCGCAGAAUUUCAAGAAUCAAUGCGUUCUCCAGGCGUGCGGCGGUGCACAGCACUCGACGGUAUUGGCGUGGUCAGGCAGCUAUGCAGAGGUGCUGCAGCAGCAAGAGAGGCAGCCAACAGCCGAGCAGGCAGUAGCUGCGGCUGCUGAAGAGGAGCGCAAGGAAGGCGAUCAACAGCUGAAGCGGCCUCUAGAAGAGGCUGCUGCUACGACGGCAGCCAAGGAAGCGUCGCCACCACCUAAGAAGGCGAAACGUCAGUUGGUGUUCACGCGCUGGAGCUGCUGCUGA